AUGGCACCAUCAAUAUUUUCACGCUUCGCGCGUUUCCUAGGCGUACACUCCCUCCACGCAACAGGCACAGAUGCCUACCUCAUCAUCUCGCUCCGCUGUCUCCGCAUGUUCUCCGCCGGCAUCCCCUCCCUCAUCCUUGCGUUGUUCUUCGCCUCUCUCAACUUCCCCGAUUCCCGCAUUGGCGCCUUCAUGACCAUGACAUUACUCGGGGACGUGGUACUGUCGCUCGUCCUCACCCUCGUGGCGGAUAAACUUGGCCGUCGCAAGAUCCUCCUCUUCGGAUCCGCCAUGAUGGUCCUAUCCGGAACCGCCUUUGCCAUGUCUGAGAACUUCUGGGUUUUGCUUGGCGCAGCGGUGUUUGGGGUCAUCAGUGUUACGGGUGGGGAUGCUGGGCCAUUCCGCGCGGUGGAGGAGAGUACGUUGAGUGGGUUGACUGAUGAGCGGACGAGGAGCGAUGUGUUGGCUUGGUAUGUUACUGCUACGACGAUGGCGGGAGCGGUGGGAACGGAGGUUGCUGGAAGAGUCGUUUCCUGGGUUGAGAAGAGCAGCGGUGACGUGAAGAAGGCAUACCACAUUUUGUUCUGGAUGUAUGCUGCAUUUGGUGUAGUGGGGUGCGUCUUAUGCCUGAUGUUGAGCAAGAGAUGCGAGGUUGCAGGCGAGAAGAGCAAGGAAAUGCAAGAGCGCGGGCGGAGUAUAUCUCGUAUCGAUGGGGAGGAGGAAGAAGUGCUUUUGGAAGCAAUGACGCCUACCACCGACGGCCACUCGCACUCCUCUGAAUCGCAAAGACCUAACAUUCGCGUUGCUGCCAAGCCGAAGGCGUCCUACUUUUCGCAGAUCUCCAAGCCGACGAGAAACAUCAUGUACAAACUCUGGGCUCUCCUCGCAAUCGAUUCUCUCGCCGACGGAAUGACGCCAUACUCCCUAAUGAACUACUACGUCGACCAGAAAUUUCAUCUCUCCAAGGCAACCCUUGGCGACAUCACUUCUGCCUCGCAGUUCCUCUGCGCCGUGUCUUCUAUCUUCGCGGGACCAUUGUCUAAACAUAUCGGCCUCAUCAAUACGAUGGUGUUCACGCAUCUGCCCUCCUCCAUCGCAAGCGCUUUCAUCCCGCUCCCAAGCUCUGUAGGUUGGACUGUUGCCCUGUUACUCUUCCGCGCAGCCCUGAACAGCAUGGAUCAAGCGCCUCGCGCGGCAUUUAUUGCCGCAGUCGUCAAGCCCGAAGAACGGACGGGCGUUAUGGGUAUCACCCACAUGGUGCGAACGUUCGCGAUGAGUGUUGGGCCUUCUGUCACUGGCAUAUUAGCCGGACACGACAAGUUCUUUGCUGCUUUCGUGGCGACGGGGAUCUGCAGGGUUACGUAUGACGUGGGCCUGUGGGUACUGUUUGUUAAUGUUAAGGUGGAUGGAAAUAAUGGAAGGGAAGAGGAUGAUGGGAGAGACAGCGUGGACGAGGACGCUUGGAAUGAGCUUUUGGGUGAUACGGAUAGUGAGACGAGUAGUUGGGAUGGGAGGAAGAGCAAGGAUGAAGAGAGGGGGCGCGUUGAGGUGUAA